AUGUCGUUUUCUCAUCCGCUUUUCUUCAUAGCUGCUGCUACGCUAAUCGGCGUAGGACGGGCGGUUACUUUCAAGUCGUUUAAUGGAACAUAUAAUGGGCCUCUAAAUGCGACGAGCCUCCCGAAGAGUACUCACGAGGUGCUUUCGCUACCCCUGAGGAAGGUCGAACACAAGGGUGUCGGGACGCCUAGUUUGGCUAGACGAUAUUUCGGAUCGGAUGUCCUAGGUGUCUAUGGUGCAGCGUAUUUUGCCGAGUUAACAAUUGGUACCAGCGAUAACCCACAGACCGUCAAUGUGCUGCUGGAUACGGGGUCGUUUGAACUGUGGGUUAAUCCGAACUGUAGCGCGACCAAUGUGCAGCAGUUCUGCGAUGAAUUUGGGCAUUACGAUCCUACGCUAUCACAUACGUCGAAGAAUCUAAAUAAGACCUUCACGAUCCAGUAUGGGCUGGGUAGUGCAUCGGGCACUUAUCAUCAGGAUGAUGUAUUUAUCUCUGGGGCAAAACUCCCGGAUCAACAAUUUGGAGUUUCAAAUGCAUCUAGUGAUGUUUGGUUUGGUAUCCUUGGCUUGGGUCAUGGUAAGGGGCACGGCGUUAUCGACUAUGAAUCUAUCGUCGACUCGUUGGCCGUACAAGGGUAUACGGAUAGCAAGUUAUUCAGCUUGGAUCUGGGUGGCCAACCUGGACCAACUGCUGCCAUCACGGGAGAAAUAGUCUUUGGUGGUGUCGACACCAAUAAAUACGCAGGAAACCUAGUGAAAGUCCCAACCGAUCCUAACGAUGCGCACUACGUCGCAACGCUCAACUCAAUCUCUCUCCACGUUCCCGCUUCCAGCUCCGGCUCCGUCAAAACCGUCUCCCAAAAUAUCAAAGCAAUAAAUGACUCGAACCUACCAUUACAAGUUGUUGUUGACUCAGGGACUACCCUCUCUCUACUCCCAGAGUCCGUAGUCUCAGCUAUAGCUGCCGGUUUCCCUGGCGCAGAGCCAGAUGGAAAUGGUGGAUACAAGGUGCCAUGCGAACUACGAAAUACUACGGAGGGCCGUGUAGACUUUGAGCUCCGUGGGGAUGGCAACGACAAAGUUAAGAUCAGUGUUAGUUACAGCGACUUCAUCUGGUACGGCGGUAACGAAUGCUUUCUGGGCGCAUGGUACACUAGCAAUGUUGGCGUAUGGAUCCUAGGAGAUACAUUUCUAAGGGGAGCAUAUGUAACGUUUGAUCAAAGCAACAACGCGUUAUAUAUGGCUAAUUACGUCUCGUGUGGUGAAAGCUCGAACUUGGUCCCUGUUCCAGCGGGCCCCGAUGCAGCGGCUAAUAUCCCCGGAUCCUGCGAGACGGCAGAGCCGGCACAGAAGCUCCCGUCGCCUACUGCUACCUUAGCUAGUUAUGACCCGGAGUGUGACUGUACUGUAUUCUCUUUCUCAACCGCUUUCUCCACUGCAUUCAUGACAAGUACUGCGACUGCUACUACUGCUACUGUCAAGAAGCAAGCGAGUGCAGCCCCGGUGCUUGAUCCACCUGCCGCUGGAGACGACGACUGCGACGAAGAUGAGGAUCAGCCGCAGGAGAAGCACAUCGAGAUAACUACGGCUACAGAGACUUUUACGACCACACUAGUUCGCCAUGUCGUAUACACGGCUGGCCGCCGGGUUGAUACCAGCUAUGUAACAGUGGUGACGACCUUCUGCCCAGGUGACAUCCUUCCUCCUACAUUUACAACCCCGACCCCGAAAGUGGUGCAUUCCCAGACCCAAGGCCGAGUUCAGUAUACCACUACGCGUCCUAUCCUAAGCACAAGUAUACCAACCCCUAUAGAACACAUCACGAUAGCGGAGAUAACCCACGUGGCCAAAACGGCUCCGGAGACCUUUAUCACAACAAGGAAUACGACGACACAGGUAGCCACUGUACUCGAGUCAGUUCACAUAAACACUUAUUCCUCCCCUCCCCUUUGGACCACUCCUGCUUUCACCGAAUCCAUCCUUUCCACUUUCCCCUUCUCACCCCCCACAUUCUCCUCUUACUCUUCCCCCCUACCCCCACCACCACCACAGCAGCAAAGCACCGCUCCUAAUGCUAGUUUUGGCGCCGUGGGCUGGGGUUUUAAUAGCACCUCUACCGCUACUACGAGCAUCAACACCGGCGGCGUCAACUACAACGUCGGCGGAGCCGCAAGCCAAGCCAUCGGCGCCGGCGCCGGUGCCGUGGUCGCGCCCGCAGUUCCGACGAUGACGACAACACAGAUCUGGCACUCGCCUAUGCCGAGUGGGAUGGCUAUGAGUACAUCCGAGGCGGUGAAGAAGACUCUAGGUGAGGUAGCAAUUGGGUUAUGGACCGUGAUGAUGGUGAUGGUGAUAGGACAGGCUGUGGGAAUAUCAUGA